GCUCAAAAAGGGGACAUCAAGUUAGUAAAUGAUUGUCUGGUGCAUAUAAACGUUAGGGACAAAUACGAUAGGACACCCAUUAUGUACGCGGCAUGGACUGAUAAAAUAGAAAUGGUUAAGCAUCUACUGAAUCUCGGAUCUGAUAUCAAUUUGAAGGAUAACAGUGGGUGGAAUAUCUUACAUCAUGCAGUGCAGAAAGCCUCUAUGAGAACUGUAGAAUAUCUUUGUGUCGAGUAUACCGCCGAGGCUGCUACCUCAUUAGUUAACGCUAAAGAUCCACACGGCAUGACACCCUUACAUAUGGCAAUCAAACGGGGCUCCAGUAAGGAAUUGAUUUCAAAUCUUUUUAAAAUAGUUGACAUUGAUGUAGAAAUCAAGAAUUCGAUGGGAAAGACAGCCUUGAUGUACGCUUUAGAGGUUAAUAGAAAUGACAUGAUAGACAUAGUAAACAUUGUAUGUCAGCACAAAAAUGUUUUCUCAGAAAAGGACGAUUACGGAUUGAAUAUCUCACAUUAUGCCGUGAUGAGUCACAAGUCGUUAGAGUUGAUUAAGUGUCUUCUCGGCAAUGGAUCGAUCAAUAAUGCUUCUUUGGUGAGCAGUAAGGAUAAUAUUAUGGUAACACCGUUUCAUCUUGCAGCAUCUGGAGGUAGCGUCGAACUAGUUUUAUUCUUGCUGAAAAUUGACAAAGUUGAUGUGAAUGUUAAUGAUAAUUCCGGAAAAACAGCGUUGAUGCAUGCAGCAAAAGCAGGAAAAACUGAGGUUAUCAAAGCCCUCAUUGCUGAUAACCGGGUAGAAGUCAACUAUUGUGAUAAAGCUGGAAGAACUGCGUUGAUGCAUGCAGCAAAAGCAGGUCAAACUGAGGUUAUCAAAGCCCUCAUUGCUGAUGACCGGGUAGAAGUCAACUAUUACGAUAAAGCUGGAAAAACUGCGUUGAUGCAUGCAGCAAAAGCAGGACAAACUGAGGUUAUCAAAGCCCUCACAACUGAUGACCGGGUAGAAGUCAACUAUCGUAAUAAAGCCGGAAGGACCGCGUUAAUGUACGCAGCAGAAGCAGGACUAACUGAGGUUAUCAAAGCCCCCACAACUGAUGACCGGGUAGAAGUCAACUAUCGCGAUAAGUUCGGAAAAACUGCGUUGAUCUAUGCGGCAAAAGCAGGACAAUUUAAGGCUAUCAAAGCCCUGAAAACUGAUGUCCGGGUAGAAGUCAACCAUCGUGAUAAGUCCGGAAGAACUGCGUUUAUGUAUUCGGCAGAAGCAAGACAAACUGGGGUCAUCAAUGCCAUCACAACUGAUAACCGGGAAAAACUAAACUAUCGUGAUGAGUUCGAAAGAACUGAGUUGAUGCAUGCGGCGGAAGCAGGACAAACUAAGGUCAUCAAAGCCCUAGCAAUUGAUGACCGGGUUAACCAUCGUGAUAAGGCCGGAAUGACCGCGUUAAUGUAUGCGGCAAAAGCAGGACAAAUUGAUGUUAUCAAAGCCCUCACAACGGAUGACCGAGUAAAAUUAAACCAUCGCAGUAAAGUCGGAAUGACCGCGUUAAUGUAUGCGGCAAAAGCAGGACAAAUUGAGGUUAUCAAAGCCCUCAAAUCUGAUGACAGGGUAGAACUCAACUGUCGUGAUAAGUUCGGAAAAACUGCGUUGAUCUAUGCAGCGAAAGAAGGACAAACUGAGGUUAUCAAAUCCCUCAUAUUCGAUGGCAGGGUAGAUGUCAACCAACGUGAUAAGACUGAAAGUACUGCGUUUAUGUAUGCGGCAAAAGCAGGACAAAUUGAGGUUAUCAAAGCCCUCAUAUUUGAUGGCAGGGUAGAAGUCAACUAUUGUGAUAAAGCCGGAAAAACUGCGUUGAUGCAUGCAGCAGAAGCAGGACACACCGAGGUUAUCAAAUCCCUCACAUCUGAUGACCGGGUAGAAGUCAAUUAUCGUGAUAGAGCCAGAAGGACUGCGUUGAUGCUAGUUUCUGCUCUUCUUCUGGCGAAGAAAGAAAAACAAUCUGAAGCAGCUUAUCAUUUAGUCGAUAAUGUGGACCAACUCGUAUGUUCAAUAGGAGACAAUUCUGGAUCAACUCCCCUAAUCCUGGCUCUUGAAGAAAAUCACAAGCAUUUGAUUCAUGCAGUUGUGAAAAAAAUGGGUAUAAAUAAUGAGGAUGUGAACUUGACAGAUGCAAAAGGGGCAACAAAUCUUCAUACUGGAGUGAACGAAAAUGAUAUUGAGCUGGUAAAACUGAUAUGCCAAAAUUCAAAUGUGAAAAACGUCAAAAACAACGAAGGUCUAACUCCAAUAGACAUUGCUGUUAAGAAAAAGCUUUACCCGAUCUUAUGGAUACUGGUGGAAAAUUUACCGACGGAAGAGAUAGAUAUUAACAAGUCGUACGAAGAAGGGGACACACUGCUUCAUUUCGCUGUGAAACAAGACAACCUUGAUGCAGCAAGGCGCAUCUGCUCCCUUCAUGGUGUCAAAUGCAGGGAAAACGACAGUGGCAUUGAUCCGUUACAACUGGCAGCAGAUUCAGAGAAUUUGUCAUUAUACUUCCUCUUGUGCAUCUACAAACUUCUCGGCACCAAAGUCGAUAUAAAUGAGCAAUACAGAGGAAAAAGAAUUAUCCAUAUUGCAGCGGAGCUUAGUGAUCUGGAAGAAUUUAACUACUUACUAAAAGAAUUCUCUAAUAUUGACGUAAACGCCAGGGACAGUGAAGAUAGGACUGCGUUACACAUAGCAGCAGCCAAUAAUGAUGUGGAUACCGCAAAAGCCCUCUGCAAAUUCCCAUCCAUUCAAAUCAACUUAGGAUCUCCUCUAUUGGCAGCUACUGAGCACGUAAACGUGGAUGUCGCAUUUUAUUUGCUCUCUCUGCCAACAAUCGAUUUGGACAUAAAAGACAGCGCUGGCAAUAACAUUUUCGAGAUAGUCUGUGAUCUUAUAGAAAGGAGUUCAACGGAACAAUCUGCCAGCAUUACAUCAAAGGGAUCUUCAAACCAUCAAUACGCCUCGUAAAAGCAAUUGAAGCUGUAUUAUGCGAAGUGGAUCAUGAUUCAACCCAAGAAAACACAGAAAGUGACGGCUCUUUACAUAAACCACAAAAAGAAAAAAUACCAGAAACCUUAAGAUUCUGCUCGAAUUUAGCCAUGAGAAUCAGUCAAUUCUGGCGCUGCUUCAGGACAAAAUCAAGGAUUUUUCAAGUUCUGAUGAUAAACAAGAUGUAGUCAAAUUCACGAUUGCAUCAGCAGUUCUUAACUUAAUAAUUGUCGGCUUGCAUAAAUAUGCCGACGAUGAUGAUCUUAGAUAUACUUUCUAUAAAGAUUUCAUGUACAAACCCUUAGUUGAGAUAUUUGUCAAUAUGCAAGAAAUUACCAAAAGUGAUCAUACUGCUACUAUCGCGGUAAUGAAGCUUGUUUAUUUAACAUUGCAAGCUAACGCAGACUGCCAGAUAUCAGAGAAGGAAUUUCUUAGAAAAGCCCUGCAUGGACAGCUUUACUCAGGGUUUAAGAGAACGAUCACAAGUUUAGCACAAACAGUGGACAGUGGUGAAAAAUGUAGUGACAUUCAGCUCAUGGCAAUGAAUAUUAACGAUACGUAUUUCAAGAAGGAAAAAGGAUGCUGUACUCAGGUGAGGAAAUUAUUCAAAGGCUGGGAGAUUUGGAUUGCUAAAAAAUUGGAAUUACACAAAUGUAGUGAGAGAGGCAUCACCACAUUACUUUUUCCUAUUCCAGGUGCAAUAACUCAUUUACUUGAUUUUGCUCUGGAUGUUAAAGUAGGGGUUGAAUCUCUACAAGGAUUUUCACAAAGGCUGGGAGGAUUCAUGAUUGCUUUGGCGAUUUCUACUCUAAUUCAUGAAAAUUAUCGGUCAAGUGUUGAGCUCUACAAAGCGGAAAAGGAGCGUCUUCGAGUCAGUCUUGGUAGAUUUGCACUAAAGGAAGAUGAUCCAGAUUGGAUUGAAGAAUCGUCCCUUAACUACAGUAAAACAUGUCUCAAGAAAUUCUUUCAGCGACUAUUUUGUCCGUUUAAGAUGAAAGAUGGUGAAAAGAAGAGAGCUCUACUAUUUAACAUCCUUACAACAUGUCAGAUGCGACCAGUGGUCGACCGCCUGAUGGUCUUAAUGCACUCUCCAUCGAAGAUUCGGACUGUUAUCCGCCAGAAUUCGACACAGAAGGUACUUAACCAGUAUUUCAUGAUUACAGAGCAGAUACCAGAGCUGAUUGUACAAUUUUAUCUCUUUCAGAUCUAUUUCAAUAACAUCGCCACCGAAGCAUUGUCGCCCAAAGAUGAUAGCACUGCAGAUAAUGCAUCACAACAUCUUGCUAACAGCACUGUUGUGUGCUUUGGAAAGUUGCAGACUUUUACUUACAAAUAUGAGUUUUUCCAAGGACAAAAAAACUUUUUAGGGAUCCAAACAAGUGCACCGUGGUAUCUGAUCAUUUCGAUGAUUAUCCCAUUUCUUAAAAUGCCAGCAAGCACAGUUUCACUUGAAGGGGCAUUUAGGAAAUUAGACCCACUAACCCCAAAGAUGUCAGGCGGAGCCUCCACUCUGCUUUACCUAACAUAUUUAAUCAUGAUCCCGUCUAGAUUGUUCCUCCAUGCGAGUCUAAUGCAAGCUACUCCAAACCAUUUCUUCAAUGUUGGAUGGAUCAUAUUUUUUACUUUAAUUUGGUUCAUCAUUAACUUUACAGUUAUCUCCAAAGAUCCUGUCUUCAAAGAAAAACAGCUCAGUCCUACAGCUAAGGUCAGAAAGGGGUUUCUGCUCCUUUUGUUCAGCUUUAGAGAUUUUUGGGUAAUCUCUCUGCGGGAUACGACAGCUUAUAUGUCCAACCCUUCUGAAGUGUCGUACAAAUCAUUAAGAAGCUACAAGAGGAUCAUGUUGAUAUCGACCUUUUAUGUUUUUGAAGGAUUGGCAGGUGCUGUGUACAUGGAGCACUUCUUCCCCUGCGGUACAAACUCUGAUGUGUUCAAAUACCAAGGAUGGUCAUGGUUGAUUUUGUACAUCAUUUCCUCAACAUGCCUGAUCCUACUGGCCUACACUUUACAGCCGCAAAUGUGCAACCGCAUUCCCAAAAGAUUCCCAAUCAAAUUUUUGUUCAUUUGUGGCUUUGGGUUGAUCAUGUUUCUCUCUGCUCCUAUGACAAAAUUAUUAAUUGAUGGGGACUCGGCAAUUAAGAUCACUGUCGUCAUCAUGUUCGCUCUGUUCUGCAUUGUCUGUGUUUUGGUUUAUCUCGGUCUCACUCACUGUGGUGAGGCUAAGGAUAAUACAAAGAAAGCUGCAUGCGAUGGUGGAGAGGAUGGUGGAGGUGAUGGUGGAGAGGAUGGCGGAGUUUCAGAUAGUUUCGAGAAAGAUGCUGGCCUCCAGACCCUAAGUGGAGAGGGUGAGGCUAGUAAACGUCUUUUAGAUACCUCAGUUUGAGUCGCUGAAUAUAAAGAUUUAAGAACAUUGACUCUUAAAAGCAAACCCUAAGGAUGCUUUGUAAUUAUUUUCUGUCUUACAAAAGUGUUCUGUUCUUUUUCGUGCUGAUUUCUAAACGUUUGUAAAUGAUUUUUAUUUUUGAAGUGUUUCGAAUGAAGUUUUCAGAAAAAUUUAGGGAACCAAUUAUGUUGAGCUGUGAGCAUUUAAAUGCUAAAAUUGCUAAAAAGAAAUUUUCAUGAUGACGUGUAAUGAUUUUUUGUCAUUAUUAAUUAAUUUUGUUGUACUUUUUGUUGUUUGAAGUUUUUAAUGUUCAGCCAAUGUUUUGGUACAUUUAAAAUAAUGGAUCUGUCUUCUCUGAUAUUGAAUUAUACUACUCA